AUGGCGAAUGACUUGCAAGACGGCCGAGGAAUACGAAUUCUAGCCUCGGAACAAUGGACCAUCUGCCCCGUCGGACAUUUCACUUGCAAAUUCCACCCUUACUCACUCACACACGCAGCCGUUUUCUCCGGCAAGUGCAUCAUUGUCGACGAAGUUCUCAAGUUAUAGAAGAUCAAAAAAAGGGACUAGAUAGAAAAAAAUACUACUUUUUGAAAUAAAUAGGGUUCAAAAGAGGUCGCUUAAAAAGAGCUUUCAAGAUUUUCCAAUCACUUUAUAACGAUAAAUGAAAAAAUGGACUCAAUUUUUCUUCCAGUGAGUUCAUUAUGAAUGUAGUUAUGGCCAGAACUUCCUAUAUGGUACAAUUUUGUACCUAUGAAACUUCGCAUUUUGACCAGUGGGCUUUAAGAACCUCAAAAUUAAAACAAGAACUUGAAACACAGUCAAUGAAAAAAGAAAUUAAAUAACACAGCCUUCAAAAAAUCAAAGAAAAAUAAUCAAAAAAAAACCCUGAUUGUUCCAAUUUGGGCUCUCAGGCUGCGAGAGUCUAGUUCAUAGUUCGAUUGAAUUAUCGCUUUAAAAUGAAGGUAUUCCGUGUAUUUUCUUCACUCCGUGUAUUUUUUUCACUCGAAGUGGGAGCUCUCUCAGUCGGCCGAGGCUACUCUAGAGUGUACUUCCGUGCUCGAGCCCCACCAUCCCCGCCGUGCCCGUACCCGCGAAACUGAUGGAUCUACUUGUGGAAGAACGAGGCGAAGGACCGUAAGACCAUGCUUUCAAUUCAAUCGACUACACGUUUUGACUUCUUUCUCGCCAAAGGCGGUGUUAGUGCCGCUCAAAAGAGCAAUUUUUUCACCGCCUAGUCGAUUCUAUCUGACUAAAACAACCAAUAAAUAUUGAUGAUGAUGAUGAUGUAGUAUGAAGUAGUGAGUUGUUUCUACUUGCUUGGACAAACUGAGCAAUAUUGUAGGGCGGAUCAAAAAGAACGGGUAAGCGCAUAAGCUGAAAGAAAAAACUUCUGAGGAGGAAAGAUCUAGAUGGAAUCUUGAUAAGCGAAGACGAGACAUGCAAAAAGCGGUUAGAAGGAGCCGAAAGUGCAAUGAGAAGCGUCGGACGAGGCAUCGUGCCGCGGAUGACGUGAGCGGCCAUCAGAUGAGCAUUAUAGAUAGAAGGGCGUCUGGGGAGCCGUCGUUGAGGCCUUCGCCGCCUUCUGCCGCCAAUUCGUUAACCACUGGUCACUCGUCGCCACACAAACCUCCCUAA